GUUUGGGAGUUAUUUAAAAGCUGCACAGCAAGAAGCUGAAGAGGUGGCAAAAGCAAAUAAUCAAAAGUAAAUAUCUAUUCUUACUACAACUGACUGAAAUAUAUCGCAUCAGCUGUCUGUUUGCGUAUACAUGCAUUGGAGCAGGGAAAUGCUGGCUGAACCUAACCAACUGUUUCCUGAUUAAAGAACACAAGAUCUAAAUUAGUGUUUCUGCUCUCAUCUCUUAGUUCCCAUCAGAUGGCUAUUUUCAUAAGACUUGUUCUCUGAAACACAGAAGCAGAACAAUAUUUGAAAAUAUUCUAUGUGUCCUUCUUCAGGUACUUUUGCUCCUCCUGAGAGCAAGGAGUCCCUUUUUAGUUUGAAGAGACAAAAAAUUGGCAGCAAGUUUGUGGAGAUAAGCCUUCCUUUUGUUGAUAGAAGAUAAAUUAAUGCUUCAGGCUACUUUCUGUCUUGGUUUGUAGUACUCUUCAUAUUGACAGGCAAAUUAGACUGAGAUUAAAUAGAAACUAUUUAUUUGCCUUAUCUUAGGUAUGUUCAUUUCCAAUCUGUUAAAGUAAAGAUUAGUACAGUAAAUUGGUUUUAUUUAAGCAGAUGUCAAGAUAUAGGGUUAUCUUAUUAUUUUGAAAAUGAAAGCUGUUACUUUAUUUCAUUGCAGCCUUGAGUAGGGCAACAAGCUCUGACCAGCCAAAGCCUUUAAUAAAAUGGAAUAUUACUAAGUUAAUUUUUUAGCAUUUCAUAGCCACGUUGGUUAAUGUGUUAGUUCUUGUUAGCUACCCAUGUAUUACUCUGUUAAGCUUGUAUCAGUAAUUUUGCUGUCAUGAUACAUUGCAGCAUCCUAACCAUGCACUCCAUUAACCAAGAACAGUUCCAGCAAGCAUCUCAAACAUUCUGAUUUAACCAAAAUUUUCUCAUGUUCUUGCACUGCAGUGACCUUGGCCAUUGCCUUUUUUGAUAACAGAGGACCUUCUGUACAUCAAUACUAAGUACAUGUACUGCACAAUUCACUUAGGUCAAGUACAUUUCUUCAGUCUGUUUUCCCUGUUUGUGUUUGUCCAAAGAUAAAACUAGGCAACUCAGUCAAUAUUUAUAAAUCACAUGACACUUGUUUUCACACUUUUUACCAUAGAUUGAUAAAAGCUUAAAGUUGUUAUGACCACAAUAUCAGACUUUGUGUAUAAAAGGAACCACAGUAGAAACCACAGUGUGAGAUUUAUCAAGCCACUAUCGUCUGAGACACAGAAUUAUUUUUCUGUUGGGAGGACCCAAUUUAAAUGACACUGAAUUUGUUGAAACCCCAGGUAUUCCUGAAUACGGAACACCGCCAGGAUCGUGAAUCGCGCCGUGCCGGGGACGGGCAGCCCCGCCGCCUGGGCUCCCACCCGCGACGAGGCCGCCGCCAUCGCCCUCAGCGACUGCCGCGGGCUGGGCCCUCCCCCUUCCCGGCUCCGCAGGGCACGGCGGGCGGCAGCCGAUUGGCGGUGCUUGUACCACGUGCCUGCCUGCCGCCUCUUCAUUGGUCGGAGGCCGGAUCCGUUACCUCCGGGCUGGACAAGGGGGUGUCCGGCGUUGCCGCGGUAACGGCCGCCCCGGGCAUGGCGGCGGGGCCGGCCCGGCGAGCGGGGAACUUCUAGGGUGGUACCAGGUGCUGGAAGAAGCCAGCAAUGGCGUGGUUCAGGGUGCUCCGUGGAAAGAGUUGGUGCUUGGCAAUGUAAAGUCGUGGAAAUAGCUGGCAAAGCUACUUAGGAUUGUGUUGAAAAUGCUGGGAGAGAAAAAGCAGUUAAUCGUUAAGAGAGACCUUUACACAGACCCCACGUUUCCAGCCAGUGAUACCUCUAUAUUUUUUGAUUACUGUACCCCGCUUGCCCAGUUCAGAGGCGAGAUAUCUUGGUUGAGACCUAAGGAUAUCUGUUCUACUCCUCGGUUAUUUUCAAACAAUCUGCAGGAUGUGCAAGUAAAACAAGGAAUUUUAGGAGAUUGUUGGUUCCUGUGUGCCUGUGUAGCUUUGCAGAAGAGUAAAUACCUACUGAAUAAGGUAAUCCCUCCAGGUCAGCCCAGCUGGACAGAUGAGUCCUAUCAAGGCUGUUUCACUUGUCGAGUCUGGCAGUUUGGACAUUGGGUGGAAGUGACCAUCGAUGAUCGUUUGCCUUGCCUCGGUGGUAAACUCUGCUUUUCCCAGUGUCAGACAGAGGAUUUGUUUUGGCUUCCGCUAUUGGAAAAAGCUUACGCAAAAGUACAUGGAUCUUAUGAACAGUUGUGGGCAGGACAGGUGGCAGAUGCUUUGGUUGAUCUGACUGGAGGAAUUGCUGAAAGAUGGACCCUGAAAGACCCUGAAAGAAACAUGGAGAAAGGGAAGACUGGCAUGGUUUUAGAGAAAGCAGUUUUUAGACGAUUAAUGAAUCUGAAGGAACAGUGUGUAAUAAGCUGCUCAGUCCUCAAUUCCAGAAAAGGUGCAAGUGAACUAGGAGAAUUCCAUGCCUUUAUUGUGAUAGACAUGUUGAAACUGUCAGAAGUGUCAGGCAAGGAAAUCUUCCUACUACGAAUAAGAAAUCCUUGGGGAAGGCGGUGCUGGAGGGGUCCCUGGUGUGAGGGUGGUCAAGGAUGGAGCCAGCUAGAUCCAGUAGUUGCCUCAGAACUGCUCUCACAGACCCAAGAGGGAGAAUUCUGGGUUGAUGAAGAGGAAUUUUUCAGGGAAUUUGAUGAGAUUACCAUGGGCUUUCCAGUCAACGAGGAAGGACAACUUCAGAGCCUCUAUACAGAGAAAGUGCUAUAUCACUCGCAGAAUCUUUUUGGAUCCUGGGUGAGAGGCCAGUCCGCAGGCGGCUGCCGUAACAACAGCAGUUUCCCUACCAACCCUAAGUUCUGGCUGAGAGUCUGUGAAAAGAGUGAGGUGUGCAUUGCUCUGCUCCAGAAACAUAGGAAAUACAGUGCUGACUGGGCCGGAAGAAUUCAAAAUCUGACUCGCUUAGCAGAGGAAAAUCUAUCUUUGACUGAAGGCAUACAGGGGAAGAAUUAUCAGGCUGUGGGAUUGCAUGUCUGGAAGGUGGAGAAGAAACGAUUUAACCUUCCAAAGACCCUCUCUGCUCCUCCAGUUGUAGGUACCGUCUGCCAUUCCUAUGACAGAGAAGUGCAUGUGUGCUGUGACCUUUCGCCUGGGUUUUAUCUUGUUGUUCCCAGCACUUUUCUGAAAGAUGCAGUAGGGAAUUUCUUACUUCGUGUAUUUUCAACGGGAAGGAUCUCUCUCAGUGAGCUAAAGCCACCGCCCACAGAUACUGCCCUCUGUGAAGAGCUCCCCGCAGGUGAAUGGGAGACAGUGCAGCUGCAUGGAUGCUGGAAAAAUGGGCAAAGUGCUGGAGGUAGCAGGAACUUCCCCUCCUUCCAUAUCAAUCCCUGCUUUCCCCUCUCCAUUCCUGCAGGAUCAGGAAAAAGCAGUGUGAAAGUUACGCUCCGUCAGCACUGCCAAGAUAGCAAGUGUCGUCCAAUAGGUUUCCAUAUUUUCCAGGUGCCUAACAGCAGCUGGAAACCACAUACUUCCUCUUUUCUACACUUGGAGCCCCUGGUUAGCUGUGUACCUCAUUGCUAUUCACAGGAAGUGAGCCAACUUUGCAGACUUCCUGCAGGAAGUUAUGUAAUUAUACCUUCUACGUACUUGCCCAAUACAGAAGGGAAUUUUACAGUGGUCAUAGCAACCAAAAUAGACAGGAAGCGCCUUCACAGCCGGGAGACACUUGGACAAGUAUUGCAAGAAAUGUCAUUUACAACUGUGAUGAAAAGGUAAACUAGAAUUCUCACACUGUUGUUCUGAGAAGCAUUGGAAAGCUGGGGAAUGCGUCACCUCUUGCUGUUUUCAGUUUUUAAAUGGAACAACAAGAAGAUACUCUUAGUCCAGCUGUUAUUCAUUGGUACCUACUGUCAGGCCUACAACACCUUCUUUGUAAAAAUACCUCCUUAAUCAUGUAUGCUCUGAAUAUUUGUUCUUCCCAUGUUUUUUAGAACCAGCAUUGUACAGCAAAUCAUAACGUACCUCAGUUCUUCAAAAAUACAGGUGAAGAAUACGUGCAUGUUUUAACCCAAGCUACAGAUUUGGAAGAAAACCAGAAAACAUAUGUGCAUAGUGAAAUAAUAUUUUUUGGGGAAAAAAAAAAUCAAGCUUACAGAAUAACUUCAAGAGACCAAAGGGGUAAACAUAGAGGGAAAACUGGAGUCUUUCAGGUAGAACAUACCUCAAGAACCAUCAAAAUACACUGGAGUAGAGAAAGUCCAAGCUUGUAUCCUACACUGCCAGUCAUGCUGCUGAGCACUUUAUCAUGGGCCCUUUAUUGAACCAUGCAAAUGGUGGGUUGAAAAGAAAGAAUUUUUUGGUGAGUUUUUUUUUAACAAACACCACAAAGGAGAAAGAUAAGACUUGAAAACUUUUGAACUAUCACGUCAGACUGCUUUUGUAAAUCUGUAAGAAUGUGUUUUAUGUGAGAUCUGCCCUCACUGUAAGAAAUACAAAGUUUAAGAGAUUUUUCUUAAUUUAUGUUUGAAAGUAUUUCUUAUUCAAGGGGAAUUUUUUUAGAUGCUAUAUUUUCCUCAAUAAAAAUGGAGUAAUGUUGAAAGUUUUAUAUGUCUUUUAUUAAAAAGGUGAAAACUGUCAAUGAUGUCAAGUCUGCAUUUGUUCUGCAAUGGCAAACUUUACAGUGUGUUAGAGCCCUGGGGUUUUCACCAAAUGGAAGGGAAUAAUUGGAAAUAUUUGAGAGGAGAAUAAAGUCUUCCAUUAGUUUUA